AUGCAACCGACAACAGCAACCGAUGUAUACUUCGCCCUUGACGGCCAAGGCGCCGUCACUGCGAUCAAAAUCAACGAGGGAGAAAUCAUAGAACGCAAAGUCCUCUCGGAAACCCAAUUAUCGCCUUCUUGGGUCAAUGCUCUGCAUGAGAUGAGAGCGAGUAUGGAGACAAAUCCUAUCGAGCCGUGCGGUAUCUCGUUCCCCCAGCAGCAUGGCAGCCGCGCUCUCCGACUCGACCGGACACGCUUCGCUGCUUCAGAUCGGGAACACGAACCAGUAGCUCCCUACAUGCAGGGACUACUACAGCCAUGUCUAGACUCCACCCUCCCAUUGGAAGCGGGGGUAAGGACCGCCAACUCGGGGGUGGAAUCUCCGUUCGACAUCCCUGGCUUGUCCGAUACCUGGGAUGAUGUUGAUCUAUUCAACUUGUCGUGUGUUCCUGUCUUGGUCGAGAAUGCGCCAAUUGAUCAUGUUUCCAGAGACUCCAAUAUUAGGGACCCAAGGACUGAUGGUGGUUGCGAAUCAAGACCUAUGGGACUGAAACGGGCACAAAAACUUCAUCGAAUGUUGCAUGCGCUAGAGAACCUCCCAAUAGUCAGCCGGGAAGACCAUAACAGACUGAUUGAGGCGCUCUACAACGGGCCGCAACUACUCACAUGCUCGCAGGAUGUGUCGAUGGUCCAGUUCGCCGCAGUUCUUGGUAGACACAGCAGCGUUUCCGCCGCGGUAGGAACAAUAUAUGGAUUGCUUAGCUGGAAAAUUUUCGGAUUAGAGGAGGAUCGCCUGAUAAAGGAGGAGAGGAUGUCUCCUUAUAUUGCUUCGAAGCAGAUGAAUCAGAAAAUGACAAGUGCACUGCGCCGCCGGGGGAAAUCGAACGACUGGGCAAGCGAUGGACGCAGAGCGGCAAAGGCUGUAUUUGGAGCUUUGGAGGGUGUCGGUAUCCAAGAGCAGUCAUUUGCCCUGAUACUCCUUGCAGAUGACUUUGGUACAUGGCCCGUCGCCGCGGCGAUGGCUGUCCUCUUUAUUGGCAAAUGCCUACUAAGCAUAUAUUGGCAUCCAUUGAGUCGAUUUCCCGGGCCUAAACUGGCCCUCAUCGGGCCGUUCUGUGAGUUCUACUAUGAUGUUAUCAAGGACGGGACAUUCCUCUGGGAGAUUGAGAAGAUGCAUCAAAAAUAUGGACCAAUCGUUCGGAUCAACACGAGGGAGCUGCAUAUUCGUGACUCGGAAUUCUACUCCCAGAUAUACGCUGGAAACAGUCGAAGGAUCGACAAAGACGCCCCAACUGUUCAGGCCUUCUCCGUGCCCACCUCCGUGGCGGCUACUGUCGACCAUUACCACCAUCGUGCACGCCGCGGCUAUCUCAACCAAUACUUUUCGAAGCGCUCUGUCGGCGAUCUCGAACCCAUCAUUCAAGAGAGAGUUGACCGGUUAUGCGGACGCUUCGAAUGUGCGUUGCAGACACACAGGAGGUGA